AUAUCUGGAAUGUCCCAAACCCCUACGGCGCCACCCUCCAAGAGGAUAUCAGCUUCAAGAUCCAACCAAGUUUCAAAUCCUCCGUCACCCAAGAAACAGAAAUUAACCCAUCCGAGCUCUUCAAGAGCGCCAAAAAAAACUUCCAAAUGCAAGGAGAACAAGAACAAGGACGAUGGCCUCCAAAGAUCAAGUGUGCGAUUGACAGCUGUACAGCUGUCCCCACAGUCGAUACCCUUCCUUGCACACCUCACACGCCUCGAGUCUGGGCAAAUUCUCGCGCAGAAAUUGCUUCGAUAUUCCCUGAACUCACGAAGUCUCUUACGGGUAUUUCAUGGCGGCAGUUUGAAAUGCCCGCAUUGUUCCUAGAACAUCCCCACCCCGAGCAUUCCUGGAGAGACAAAAACACUCUGGAAGUCGUUUUGGAAUGGAAUUAUCGAUACGGACCCGAAGUACUUGUACGUAGCGAUUCGCAUGUCAUAACGCACGACAAGAGGCCCCCCGAUAACAGUGAUCUGGUAGCACAGGUGGAAGAAGGCGAGUCUGUCAAGGAUGCAGUGCCCUCCUUCACCCCUAUCAAAAGCGACCAUCUCCAGUUCAAUUUCUCAUCGUUCACCACACCUCUGGCUGUAGGAUCCGAAGUGUUGCCAUCCGAUACCAUUGCUAUGCCACAGUCACCCACGUUAGCUCCAGUGCCGGUGCUAGAUCCACUAUCGCCAACGGUGUUGUCUCCACCUCUUGUUCCAGAAGACGAUAUACCAAUGGUGUCUUCUUCGGCUCCUCAAAUCCAACCCCGAAUACCUGAACAAAGGCCAUCUGAGAUUGAAACCUUAGAUCAGUGUCGCAUGGACCAAACUCCCUUACUUGUUUUCGUAUCUCGAGAAAGCGGGCUCCUACCACUGCAACUGGCUCCCGAGUACGCAUGCUGUUGCUUGGGUUUAUUUGUCAUAUCUGACCUGAACGUAGAUAUAAACAACACAGUCGUAGCUAUUUCCAAGGCUCAGCAGUGCGAACGCGUACGAUGGCGCCUUACCUUGGAAUGGGCACCGGGAGGUGAAGAAGGGUUGUUGGAAAAUAUCAAUGAGAAGUCGCACCCAUGGUGGAUUGAUCCUGCCGAAAAGGAGGCUGGCUCACUGAAAACAUCCAGAGACAUGAACACCCUCUAUUUCAGCUUUCUGCCUUUGGACCUCCUGGCGAGCUUCAAACCCAGCGAGUGUUUUCCAAGAGGCUGGUACUGCAGAGACUGCGGGAUGCUUAAUGCGCAGAGGUGUUUUCGACACCAGAUCUGCCAGAGUUCCACGUGCAAACGUAAAUUGGAGCGGGGAAAAGCAACGACCAAUGCUGAUGCCCUGAUUUGCCACAUUGAUCCGCUACAAGCACUUCGAGGACCACACCAUCGUUUGCCCAUACGGGAUCCUCUCGAUUGUGCACCUUCGUCAGUUGGCAAAAUUGAUUCUUCGUGGGACGACACGAUGCGGAAUUUGACGUAUCAAGUCAACAGUGGUGUGAGAGUACAACACAUCUUCACCGGUAACCAAGAGAUAUUGCAACAGGAUGCAACAAAACUACUCCUCGACAUACAGAAAGAUGUUAUCCUUUCCCGCAGUGACCUACAUAGCCCUUAUUUUACCUGGUCUACGAAACUUGAUCACGGAAAUAUCUGCUCCGGGGAUCCAGCCGGACAACCUGAAAUACCUAGACUUGUCUUCGACAUCCAGGAUAUCUUGCUUCACUAUAUGCAAGCGUACGGCGAAGUCGAUGAUGCCAACAUUAACCAUAUCAUGAUUCAGGCAUGGGUCACUCCGGGCUCGAAACGGGGUGCCGUUUUUAACGCGAAGAGCCACGUUGUCACCAUCAUUUGUCUAGGUGCCGAAGUCGUCAUGAAUCUAGUACCCAAACGUGGUUUUACGGAGAUCCCCAUUGAAAGUGCGGAGGACUGCAUGGAGAUUGAUAGCGAGCGGAUAUUAAGUGCGUCACAGCUGGCGGAUGAUGGUUGUUCGGAAACUCUUGGGUCGGCAGCAGUAAUUGUGCCAGACGAUUGCCGCCAAACUGGCGGUGACCCUGACGUCACGAAUCAACCUGACCCAGCGAGCCUUGCUUUGGGGGAGGCAUCUGGACCGUCAGGUAAUGUAGGUGAUGCCAAGGCAGCCAGAAAGGGGAAGGGUUCUACUGGUGGCAAAAAGAGCAAGCCAGCGCCCUUGGAACUUUCCAUGACCCUAGUUCAUGGUGAUGCGAUCAUUCUCGAGGGAGAUGACUUUGAGUACCAAAUCAAGCGCAGCGGAACUACGAUUCUUCUCAUUGGGUCUUAUGAGUGAUCGGCACGGAUCGGUCGGUGGUUGUCUUGGAAGUUUCAGAUCUGAGGUUGACCAAAUAUUAAAUAUUGUCAUUAUGCGAUAGUCUCUUGUUCUCGAGUCGUUUAUUAUGAAGGAGGGGGUCCUUCGUCGUGCAUCGUAGUUAGAGCGCUAGAGCGAAUCCGAAAGCAGCAAUCAAAUCUCCCAAACGCUUGGACUGGCUGGCGCCUGCUGAGCAUAAUUCUUCACAGCAACCAACCUCCAAGAAUUAUGGCUAAAACAUCCACAUCUACAGAUGCACAA